AUGGCCCCGGACCGCAAGCGGCGCAUCACCCUGCCGCCGCUGCCUGCAGGAGAGCGCCGCCCUUUGCUGGGCAGGCGGGAGUCCGACUGCCCGGGCACAGAUGACGACACUGCCGAGCAGAUGUAUAGCUGUAUGACGAGCCCGCAUAGUCAUUUGCCCGUGUAUACCAAUAUCCAUCGAAUCCGGAGGGACAUUCUCAGCGUUGUGGAGGAUUACCUGAGCCUGGAACAGCUGAGGGACGUGAGGAUCAAUGUGACGGUUGUCAGGCCCCUGGUGGACAAGUUUUACGAGCUGGAUGAUAUUUCCAUCAUUUACUGCUUGUUGGUAAAUCGGGCUCAGUUCCUCCUGGAAGAAUCUUACUCCAGCACACGACACAACGUGAACUGGACGCGCGCCACGCUCUGCGAGCUCAUUGCUACACGUAUCCUCCGGCGUCUGGGUGAAGACCACGAGGGCCCGGACGGGCUUUUGCUGCUUGCUCACGUCCUCGUCGCCGGGUUUGAGCCGUUCCAGAACGCCCCGGACCAUGUUCGCGAGGAGGCCGAGAUCAAGACGGCGUGGACCUUUCAUCGCACCCUGCCGUCGCUCGAAGUCGCCAUCUUGACCGAGAGCAAGCACUUUCUCAGCUCGAGCACUUGCCAUCACAUCAUCAACGCUAUUUACGACGGUCGCAUCAUUUACACCCCGUCCACCUUUUGGGACAUCAUUCCGGAUCACUACAAGUUGAAGCCAAUAUCCUUGUAUGAUCCGCGGGAGUCUCCUCUGUUGAAUCAGUACCGUCUGAUCGUGCCGCGGAACCGAAAUAUCCUUGAGUCGAUACAGUUUGCCAUUCUUCUCGCCCUGUACUUUGGCGUCAUGCUUCAAAGAGAGAAGAGCAAGCUUACCGUGCUGGAGGCCGCCUUUGCCAUCUAUGCGUUUGGGUGGGGAUUGGACCAGUUUGCCACCAUUCUCGCGCACGGAUGGGGCGUUUAUACACAAAACCUGUGGUCCUUCUUAGACGUUGGCUUCGUCGGCAUCUACUCCAUCUACGUCGUCCUUCGAAUGCAUGGCUGGCGCCUAGGACUGUCGGGACCAGGGGAGCAAGCCUUUGACGUGCUCGCACUUGCGGCUCCUGUGCUGGUACCUCGAUUGGCAUUUACUCUACUUUCCGAGAAUCUUGUCCUGUUAUGUUUGAGAUCCAUGAUGGCCGACUUUUUCUUCCUCACUGCUUUAUCAGCAUGGUGCUUUUUCGGCUUCCUUCUCAGUCUCUUGUGGCUGGGCGAAGGAACCCACCCGAUUGUAACGAUAUCCAAGUGGAUGAUUUACAUUUGGUUUGGUCUGGACGGCACCGGCAUUCAGCGAUCGGUUGAAUUUCACUGGCUCCUCGGCCCUUGUCUCAUGGUGGCCUUUGCAUUUCUCGGAAACACUCUCUUCCUCACAAUCCUCGUGUCCAUGCUCACAAAUACCUUCAGUAACAUCUCGGCCAACGCAACCGCAGAAAUACAGUUUCGCCGAGCUGUUCUAACCCUCGAGGGAGUCAAAGCCGAUGCCGUCUUCGCGUACCAACCUCCCUUCAAUCUCUUGGCGGUCUUCUUCCUUUUGCCGCUCAAGUUCGUCGUCAGUCCCCGGUGGUUUCACAAGAUACAUGUUGCCACCGUUCGUCUCGUCAAUCUCCCCCUCCUCCUCAUUAUUGCUGUAGCCGAGCGCCGAAUCACAUGGACGUCCAAAGCCGCCAACCGCACGAUAUAUCCGCGCGCAAAGAAAUGGUUUUGGAAAAAGUGGCAGCUCUCUGCCCAUCGCUAUCUGCGCGCUGUGUUUGAAGUCCCGCCGCCAGAAGAUGCGCAUCCGGAGAUCGCGGCAGACGACCAUUUGACACGACAUCUUAUUCGACGGCAGUUUACGAGGCAAACGACUGCAGACGGAGGAGCGCCUCAGGUUCGGAAACCAUCGCGUAGGGACUCCAUGUUUCCGCAUAAAUUGAGGGGCUCGUUCAACGGAGACAGCAUGAUGAGUGCGGAAUCCAGGAUGGAGGCCAUGGAAAAGUCGAUGCAAAAGAUGGAGCUUCUGCUUUCGAAAUUGGUCCCAGUUGACGACGAGGCCAUCAGUGACACUGAGGAUGAUGGAUUAGGCGAGGGUAGCACGUUGAGGGAGCCGACGGAGGGGUUCACGACGGAGUCGUCGUUUGCUGGACAGCAAUAG